GGGGCGCGGGUCGCCUGGCACUUGCGCGGGGCCGCGGUGCCGUCUGCUGCUCAGUGCAUUGCAAACACAGGCAAUGGCAGGUGGCUGUGGUGAUCCGCUCGCUCGACGAGUGUCACUUUGCAUGUGGAUAAGGGAUUAGUACUCGCAUCUCAUCACACAAUGUCGCUGAGGGUGUGCACGAGGCUGGACCAGCGGCUGCACGCGGCGGCCGUCAAGGGGGAGGUGGAGGAGGCGGUGCGCGUGCUGGACACUGGCCGCGUGCACGUAGACUGUGCGGACCGCGAUGGGACAACGCCGCUCAUCCUCGCAGCCGCCAACAGCCACGUGGAGCUGGUGCGGGAGCUGCUGGACCAGGGCGCUGAACCCAACGCCACCAGACACACCGGCACGGGGGCGCUGUUCUUCGCGGCGCAGGGAGGCUUCCUGGACAUCGUGACGCUGCUGCUGGACCGAGGCUGCUCCAUCAACCAGGCCUCUAAGGACGGGGGCACGGCGCUCAUCGUGGCGGCCCAGUGCGGCCACAUGGACGUAGUGCAGGAGCUGCUGCGUCGCGGGGCGGACCCUCACGCCGCCAUGAAGGACCGCGCCACGGCAGUCUUCGUGGCCUCCCAGAACGGCCACACUAGCGUCGUCCGGACACUGCUGACAGCGGGAGCCAAGGCUCACGUGCGGCGGAUGGACGGCGCCAGUCCGCUCUGGAUCGCCUCUCAGAUGGGUCACCAGGGCGUGGUGCGCCUCCUGCUGGGCCACGGAGUCAACCCUGACGUCACCAGACACGACGGCGCCACCCCGCUGUUCAAGGCGGCUCACAAGGGACACGUGGAGGUGGUACACGAACUGCUGCCCUACAACCCCUGCCUCGGCCUCCUAAAGAAUGGUGAGUCUGCACUUCACGCCGCAGCCUUAUACGGUCACCUCCGCGUGCUGAAGGCCCUGGUGCAGGCCGGCGCUGACCCGGGACUCAAGAAUGACCAAGGACUCACUCCCAUACAAAUCGCUGCCCAGGCUCGCCACUACGAAGCCGUCCAGCUACUGAAAGACGCCCUGGCCAAAAAGAAGGAGAAGGGUCCCCCCACCCCGAAGACGUCGCCUGGGCCACGAUCCCCGCGGCUGGUGCACAGCACGUCUGGGGUGCCGGUGCCGCCGGGCAUGCAGAGCCAGAGCAGCAGUCGCGGCUCGUCCAGGAACAGCUCACUGGGCACCAUCGUGGAGACCAGCCCCGUGCUGCCGCGCUCCGUCAGCUCGCCCAGCAACUCCCGCCCCGCGCAGUACGUGUCCUGCGAGUUGAGCAACAUGGUGGACGGCGGCGCGCGGCCCAGAGCCAACCUGGCCACGGGCUCCUGCACCUCCGUGGGGGGGCGCACGCCGUGUUCCUCCAACCCCUCCCCCUCCCCGAGCAUCUCCAGCGAGCCCCCGCAGUCCAUGAUCGCCGCCCUUCAGAAGGCUCCCCGCCACGCCUCCCACACGGACGUGAGCAGCGUUAAGAAUAUUUUCCGCCGAACUCUCGCCUCCUUCCGGCGGCCCACUAUAGUUAAAAGGAACGACAAGCCGCCAGAGCCAUGACAGCCUUCCCCGCUGAGUUUUGCUUUGUUUGUAUCUGUUUCAUGAUUUAUUUUCAAACUGUGCAGGUUUCAGUACAAAUGCCUAAUAAUUCACUGGUGAUAUUAGGUUAGAGAUGAUAAUGUGACGAUUCACUUGCUGGGAAAGUCACCGUAUAUCAGUUUUAUGUUCGAAUGACGCGGCGUGGUGGAGAGAGGUGGAAUCCGGCCGCCGCCCCUCCGCGGCUUCCCCGCGCUGGGCGGCGGACCGGGCGACGGGCGGGUGGUGUGAGUGUUUAGGUACAACCUAUGCAAGGUAAUUCAUAUCAAUUUUAACCUUUAUUUACUCAUUUGACUGUAAUUAUGAUUUAACUAAUUAUUUGAAUAAUUGUACUGAUCUGCCUUGGCGAGGAGGAAGCCUUGAGUGGUGGAGCCGUGCCGCCCUGACGCCAACACACCGCCGCCUCGCCCCGCGGCUGUCAGGCGCCCGCCCACCAGCGGGUCUUGCCUCUUGACUACGUCAAGUUCUUCCUUUUAUAACUAAAAAACAUAUGCAACACCUUUAGCAGUUCUUUUCUUUUCUUUUCUUUUUCCCAUACUCGCGGGCCUCGGCGGCGUCCCGCGGGCCGCGGCGGUGCUCAGGCUGCCGCGCGCGAGGCUGGGGAAGCUCAAGGUUGUGAUGGUGGUGGCGGCAGGAUGGACGUAACCCUUUUUUAAUACACACCUGAGGACAGUUGCGUGAAGCUGACUCACGAGCUUGCAUCGCCACUUGCUGCGGCACGAGAGGAAGCGCCCUCGUGCAUACUCCCCCCCCACGGCGCCGUGCUGCGGGUCCCUGCCUGCCACCCACUGUCCGGGCCGCCGCCUGGGGCUGAACCAUGUGCCUGGUGGUCAAUACUCUUAAGAGCUCACGACGCAGGUUUUGUAAUGUGUGUGUGCGGUACACGACGCGUGGCUCCGGUGCGACGCUUGGCCAGGAACACCCUCGAUCACAUGUCCAGUCCAAAUCAAUCUUCAUUGCCUUUCUUUUCCACACCGCUGCUAAACACUAAAUAUCCAAACUCAAAACUACUUUUUUUGACAGCGUUGUGCAACAUUAAUACAGCGUUUGAUGAAUGAACGCUGCAGUAAUGUUGUAGCUGACGUUGUGGAGUGGCUUAGGCAAACAGUGUCUGAGGAGGAGGCGAGGGUGGCCGUGCUGGCCUGCCGCUCGCUCACUGGAAUGCUGGGAUGGAGGGAGGAGCAGGAGGAAGAGGAGGCGCCGCAUGUCACACAGGAGUCCGUAAGCUUCAGCAGAAAUAUUAGCAGGUUCUAACAUGUCUGCCUAUGUGAAGAACUGAAACUGUAACAGACAAGAUAAUGCUUUAACAAUAGGACAAUAUAUACACCCGUUGCUUGCCUUGGAUAUCCACGUACACCUUGCCGAGCUGCUGUGUGUUAGCCUGUGUGAUGCAGACACCCGAGUCCACACCACUGGCGGCAGCGGCUCCCUGCAUCGUAAAGCUGUGUGUGUGUGGAACCUUCACCGUGAUGUGUAGUUACGUAUAUUAUUCCAGCCAAGGCACUGCUGCUGCUGAUGAUGUUGUUGGAAGCCGAGUUUGUAGCCACCGUCCAGUUUGUGCCGCGACUCGCUAAUUUCACGUUGUUGUUGGGGAGAGUCGCGCACACAGCCAGUCUGGCGAGGCGUGUCCCGCCGCAGGGAUCCUGGGUUGUGAGGAAUGUGUAGUGUAUGUACGUAUGUAGAGGUCACGGUAAGCUUGAUGGCGUCUGAGUCACAUCACUUCUCCUUUCCUACUUAAUCCUGUAGCACCCAAGAAAUAUAAUGAAUGAUAUAAAAA